AUCGAGCUGGAAUGGAGCUUCUUCUGUCACAUCGACCAAUCACAGUGCCUCCUCCUCCUCCGACUAAAACAGCUCAUUUACAUCCAGAAAGUAGUCCAUCUACAGGAAGCCAGGGAAGGUCACGGAGGUCAAGUAGAAAAUCUAGGUCACCAAGCCCACAGAGAUCCUCACCAGCCAGAACCCACGAUGGUUUGGAUCCAAUUCACCCGGCACUACCCAUCGUUAAGGUUCCAUCAGAGAAGCUCUCCCAUGCAGGUACUAUCUUCCGAACAUUGAUCUUAGCCAAGUCACCCAACCUCAUAAAAGACAGGAAGAACAACCUUCGAACCUACCGCAAAUGCAUGAUGGGAUCCGAGAUGGUUGAUUGGUUAAUGCAGCAGGGUCAAAUGAUGUUGGUGAGGUCGCGACCUCAGGCUAUCGGCAUGUGGCAAGCUCUGCUCGAAGAGGGUGUUAUAACUGAAGUAAACAGAGAGCACCCCUUCCAAGACGCCGAGCACCAGUACCGGUUCCGAGAGGACGAUCUCGGCAUCACCAGUACCCCAACGUCGUCCCAGAAGAAAGCCGCAGAGGAGGAGCUACCGGAGAUUGCUGGGAUGCUGUCCAAGGUGGCGCCGGACGCCAUGAUGAGACUCAUUCUACGAAAACCUCCACAGGAGAGGAGCGUUGAUGAUCUUGAGAUCAUUUAUGAAGAGCUUCUUCAUAUCAAGGCCUUAGCUCACCUUUCUACGAUGGUCAAGCGCCAGCUCACGAGUGUCCUCGUCUUUGAGUGCCACGAGAAAGCAGGGACAGUCUUGUUUCACCAAGGUGACGAGGGUCGUUCGUGGUUCAUCAUCCUGCGAGGAUCCGUCAACGUCGUCAAGUACGGCAAGGGCGUCGUCUGUACCCUCCACGAAGGGGAUGACUUCGGCAAGCUGGCCCUGGUCAACGAUGCUCCGCGAGCGGCUUCCAUCGUCCUGCGAGAAGACAACUGUCAGUUUCUGAGGGUCGAUAAAUAUGAUUUCAAUAGGAUACUUAGGGAUGUUGAAGCAAAUACGGUCAGAUUAAAAGAGCAUGGGCAGGAUAGUCUGGUUCUGGAGAAGAUUCCAACAAAUACGCAACAUAGUAAUAAUAACAAACAUCACCAUGUUAGUUAUAGGUAUUCAGUAAUGGCCGGUGUUCCAGAGAAGAUGUUGGAGCAUCUUCUAGAGACGAGGAUAGAUAGCAAGUACGAUCCAACAGACACAUUCCUGGAAGAUUUCUUAUUAACGCACAUUGUCUUCAUGCCGAGCGAGAAGCUGUGCCCUGCGCUUCUUCAACACUAUCACUCCGAGAGGACAUCAAGAGGUCCCGAGCAAGAGACGAUAGACUACAUAGUCAACAACAAGAGACGGGUGGUCCAGCUGGUCUGUCUGUGGCAUGUGGUAGCUGGGUAUGCCUUUAAACAGGACACGACUAUUAUGCAGUUCUUAGAGACGCUGUUCUCAGCAGUGUGUGAUGAUUGUCCUGCUUACCCAAGCCUCCAGGACCCUCUAGCUAGUCUGGAACAGGUCCUAAAAGCUGUCAAGUCCACCAAGGAUUCUAGUUCUCAUACGUGGCAAGUGCAGACUCAGGUAUUAAGUGAAUCAAGAACCCACAUGGAAGAUGAGCUUCAUAGGACACCAAUCAAAGCUAAAGACGAAACAAUAUUCAAGGUCUAUUGCGCUGACCACACCUACACGACACUCCGGGUUACCAUGGAUACCUCAGUAACAAACAUCAUUCAGGUGGUAUCAGAGAAGAUGUGUCUUGGGAAUGACCUGGUGCUAUGUGAGGUCAAAUCCUCGGGAGAACGUUUAUCAUUCCAUCAGAAAGACGUCUGCAUAGCGACGAGUUUGAGCUGUAAUGGUAGAAUAUUUAUAGCCCCUAGAGAUCACUUAGAUGCCUUGACACCAUUGCCUGAACAAGAGGGACCAAGUGAGGGCUCCGUCUCAUUCCUGGAGCCAACGAGUUCAAGAGAGCUUGCCUAUCAAAUGACAAUGUAUGACUGGCAGCUCUUCCUAUGUACUCAUGAGUGUGAGUUCAUCUAUCACACAUUUGGGAGGCACAAAUACCGGCGCAUCACAGCUAAUCUAGACGUCUUCCUACGCCGAUUUAACGAAGUGCAAUCUUGGGUUGUUACUGAACUUUGCCUGACGUCAAAUAUCAGCAAACGGGUCCACCUUCUCAAGAAGUUCAUCAAAAUAGCUGCCCACUGUAAGGAGUAUCAAAAUAUGAAUUCUUUCUUUGCCAUCAUCAUGGGUCUCAGUCAUAUGAGUGUGAGCAGACUUGCACAAACAUGGGAGAAACUGCCCAACAAGUUGAAGAGAGUGUUCUCCGACUUUGAAGCGUUGAUGGAUCCGUCGCGGAACCAUCGUGUGUACCGCCUAGCUCUGUCAAAAAUGAGGCCUCCGAUCAUACCCUUCAUGCCACUGCUUAUCAAAGACAUGCUCUUCACGCACGAGGGCAAUAAGACUUACUUCGAAGGUCUCGUCAACUUUGAGAAAAUGCACCUGGUUGCGUCAAUCAUGAGAGUGGUCAAGUACUGUCGGAGUGAAAACUUUAAACUAGACUCUCCUCCAGCCGUUAAGAACGUCAAGGAGAUCGUCAGUUAUGUAAGGAAUUUGCAAGUGAUUGAUAACACGAAGCGAUUAAUGCAACUCUCAUACAACCUGGAGCCUCCAAAAACGUGAUAUCUACUUUGUCAUGUGAAGAAACCAUAGUAUUACUUUAACUGGACAAAAAUGGCUUCCAUCUUUUGAAUGCUGUAUUUGGGCAUUCCUUGGCAGACUUUUGUAUGUUAUUCAUUUUGUCAUCUUCCAUGAGCUAUCAAGAUUACUCAUUUCAUUUACAGUAUCUAUGUCAUUAUCAUCAUCAUCACUAUCAUCAUCCUCACCUUCAUUAUCAUCAUCAUCAUCAUCAUUAUAAUCAUCAUC